AUGCCCGAAGAAGGAGGAGCUUGGCAAUCAUACCCCCCCCCCCCCCGGUAUGGGAGAUUCACAGUGAGCCGGGAUAAGGGUCCGAGGUUGAACGAGCAGACUCUGGCCCAAAAGAGGAAGUUCACCUGGUCUCGGUCCCUAGAUCAGGUGAAGGAAAGUGCCGGUAUUUGGGGUGUGUCCUCGCAUCAAGCGGGAGAGUUAGUGGUGAAUGCUCGAAUGAAGAACCUUCUCAUCACUGCUAGUGAAGGAAGCUCUGCUCAGUUGAGCCCCGCGACGUACACCAUCACCCCUCCUGCUUCAGAUGGUUUGAUCCCAAAGGAAGGGUAA